CUGGAAAUGCAAAUUUUGCACGCAAACGCUUCUUCCAGAAAACACGCAGACGCAUUAUAGAUUCCCAAAACUUCAAGCGAAAUCGAGAGACUAGAUCGACGAAAAACCCAAAAAACAGAGAAAAAUGUCAGUGGUUUUGGUUUCUGCCUCCGCAUCAAUCUCAAAUCCAAAACCCGCGAAGAACCCACUUGUAAUUCCGGCUAAUUCCGUGAAUUUCUCAUCCCGGGUUCGGAUUUCUCCGCCAAAACCGAAGCUUUUGGACAACCCUUUACGCGUGGCGGCGCCGUUGUCGGCUCCGGCGUCAGAUCCGGCGGAGGAGAAGAGGAUCGGAGAAGAGGAAGGGGAAGAUUACGGCGGUGAGAGGGAGGAAGAAGGGUCGACGUUCCAGUGGAGAGAUCACUGGUACCCGGUUUCUCUGGUGGAGGAUUUGGAUCCGGAUUUGCCGACCCGGUUCCAGCUCCUGGGUCGAGACCUCGUCCUCUGGUUCGAUCGCAAUGACCAGAAUUGGGUCGCCUUCGAUGACUUGUGCCCUCACAGGCUCGCUCCUCUCUCUGAAGGAAGGAUAGACGAAAACGGGCACUUGCAAUGUUCAUAUCACGGAUGGUCAUUUGAUGGCUGUGGAUCUUGCACUCGAAUCCCGCAGGCAUCUUCUUCAGGGCCCGAGGCGCGUGCUGUUAAAUCCCCGAGAGCUUGCGCUAUAAGGUUCCCGACAAUGGUGUCUCAAGGUCUGCUCUUUGUGUGGCCUGAUGAAAAUGGUUGGGACAGAGCCAAUUCCACCGAACCGCCUAGGUUGCCUGAUGAUUUUGACAAGCCGGAGUUUGCAACCGUGUCAAUUCAACGGGACUUAUUCUACGGCUAUGAUACUCUAAUGGAGAAUGUAUCUGAUCCUUCUCACAUCGACUUUGCUCAUCACAAGGUUACCGGAAGACGAGACAGAGCAAAACCUCUGCCCUUCAAAUUGGAAGCAAGCGGUCCAUGGGGUUUCGAGGGUGCAAACGACGACAACCCUAAGAUCAGCGCCAAGUUCGUUGCUCCAUGCUAUUAUCUCAACAAGAUUGAGAUAGACACGAAGCUACCAGUUGUGGGUGAUCAGAAAUGGGUCAUAUGGAUCUGUUCGUUUAAUGUACCGAUGGCCCCGGGAAAGACACGUUCCAUCGUUUGUAGCGCUCGGAACUUCUUCCAGUUCUCUGUCCCGGGACCUGCCUGGUGGCAGGUGGUUCCGAGAUGGUACGAGCAUUGGACGUCGAAUAAAGUCUACGACGGUGACAUGAUCGUUCUUCAGGGCCAAGAGAAGGUCUUCCUCUCCAAAACAAUGGAGUCUCCGGACAAUGACGUGAACAAACAGUACACGAAGCUAACCUUCACGCCGACUCAAGCUGACCGGUUCGUCUUAGCCUUCAGAAACUGGCUCAGACGGCACGGCAAGAGCCAGCCCGAGUGGUUCGGCACCGUCACUAACCAAUCCCUCCCUUCCACUGUCUUAACCAAACGUCAGAUGUUGGAUAGAUUCGAACAACACACGCAAGUGUGUUCCUCAUGCAAAGGAGCUUACGAGGGCUUCCGAACUUUCCAGAAGAUUCUUGUCGGAACGACAGUUUGCUUCGCCGCCAUAGCCGGUGUUCCUUCAGAAGUUCAGUUUCGGAUCAUCCUUGCUGGUCUUGCCCUGAUUUCGGCCGCAUCUGCAUACGCUUUACAUGAACUUGAGAAGAACUUCGUAUUCGUAGAUUACGUUCACGCUGAUAUCGAUUAGAUUAUAUAGAUUCACAGAAGUACGUAUAUCAGAAUUAGAAAUCGAACCCGUACUUGUUCAUGUGUAUGUAAAGAUGUACCACGUUCUUGUAGAUUUCUUCUUGGCCCAAUGGGUUAAAAUGUAA